CUUUCCCCGGAUUUUUUUCCAACACAACGUGAACACAGACUUCCUUUCCCCGGAUGGCGGGUUCCAUUCCGUGGCGACAUGCUCUCCCGCCGUGGAAAUUCACGACGUCGGUCAAGACCUUAAGCCCGGUUUCUCAUGCCUUGGCCUGCCGAAAGAGGUGUUGAUGGAAGACUGGCCCACCAUCUUCUUCCCAUUGAUUGAGGGAGAAGGAUGGAUGUGUGUGUGAAUACGAACCAAUGGGGGGGUAUACCCAAGACUUCUUGACCCCAAAAGCUGGCGGCUGGAUCUGCCAUUGUUGAGAGCGAGCAUGAAAGUGGAUGGUGCCUGGUGUAGUGUGCGGGUGAAGGGACCCUGUCAAGCUGGGAGAACCAAGAGGCAAGACCGCCUCCCGUCUCCAAAUCACCCUCCCUCAAGCCAGAGUGAGUGGUAUAAAUCCAGACUCUUCCUCCGCCUAUCACUUUACCUUAGCCUCUCCCACCUUCUUCACCGACCAUCGUGUUCCACUGUACUUCACUCGCUCUCAAGUACAUACAACAAACACCGUCGACACUCGUUCGUCAAGAAACUACCAAACCCAACACCAACUAAUACUUAAUAUCCAUCCCCCAACCUUCAAAAUGAAGUACACCGCUGCCCUCCUCGCCCUCGCGGCCGCCGUUUCCGCCCAGGACAUCUCCAUCUUCCCCGAGUGCUCACUCGACUGCAUCAUCAGCGGCAUCGGCUCCGGCACCUCCUGCGAGCUGACCGACUUCGCCUGCGUCUGCGAGAACACCCAGUCCCUCAUCACCUCGGCCACCCCUUGCGUUCUCGAAGCCUGCGGUGCCGAUGUUGCUCUCAACGAGGUCCUCCCCGCAGUCGACGAGUUCUGCGCUGGCGUUGGCGGUGGCGACGAUGACGCCCCCGCCGAGGACGACGAGCCCAGCGUCACUGCCACCCCCGCCCCUGAGCCCACCGACGCUCCCGCCGAGGAUGAUGACGACGAGGACGACGAGGACGUCGAGCCAACCCCUACCGGCUCCUUCGUUUCCAACAUCACCCCUGCCCCCACCAGCAACACCACCAUCCCCCCUCCCGUUGAGGAGACCACCACCCCUCCUCCCGUCACUGCUGGCGCCGCCGCUGUUGGAUAUAUUGGCUCUUUGGGCAUGCUCGCUCUCGGUGCCAUUGCUGCUCUCUAAAUGAGGUUUCUCAUAACCUGGAGUGGUUAGCGACCGUACAAGCAGGGGGGGGAUACAAAAUGUACCAAUACCAUCUUGUCUCGAGAGAGAAAGGCUGUACAUAUCCAGUUGGCUAGAUAAUGAAGUACAAUGGAACAUGCAACCGCAGUACAUUACCACCUGAGGGUGAAAGAAGUAUAUAUGCCUCAUCUCUCUACAUAAACGACUAGAAAACUAAAGAUGAUCAAAAACCGCCAAGCAAUAAAAAGUUACUA